AUGCGGGAAUUUGGCAAAUUUGGUCCACUCAUUGGUGCUGUAGACGAAGGAACGUCGAAUGUUAAGUUCCUGGUAUUUGCAGCAAACACAUCCGAAGUAUUAACUUAUCAUCAAAUUACCUUGAAACGGUUUAGCCCUCAAGAAGGUUGGGUUGAACAAGAUGCACUAGAAAUUUUAAAUGCUGUAUUAGAAUGCAUUGAAGUGACUACUGACAAUCUCCGAAAAUUAGAUAUCAACCCAGAGGAUGUGGUUGGCAUUGGUAUUACAAAUCAAAGAGAAACCACAAUUGUAUGGAAUUCGGUUACUGGACAGCCUUUGUAUAGUGCCAUAGUAUGGUUAGAUGUGAGAACAGCUAACAUUGUAGAUGAACUAACAAAAGUCAAAAGUCCACAAUGUGUAAACGCUGUGACACAGACCAGUGGGCUUCCAUUAUCCACAUACUUCUCAUCUGUAAAACUGAAAUGGCUGCUUUUAAAUGUGCCUGCAGUCAAGGAUGCUGUCAGAGUGGGAGAAUGUAUGGCAGGCACUGUGGAUUCCUGGUUGAUUUGGAACCUUACUGGUGGUUGUAAUGGUGGAACUCAUGUAACAGAUGUCACGAAUGCCUCGCGGACACAGCUGAUGUCACUACGUAGUCUGCAGUGGGAUAUAGGACUGUUGCGGUUCUUUGACAUACCAAUACAGAUUCUACCAAAGAUUAAAAGUUCAGCUGAAAUAUAUGGUUACAUUUCAACAGGAUCCUUACUUGGCGUACCUAUUGCUGGGUGUUUAGGUGAUCAACAAGCAGCUUUAGUUGGACAAGGAUGCAUGAGAUUUGGUCAGGUCAAAUGUACUUUUGGCACUGGAUGCUUCUUAUUAUACAAUACAGGUGAUUCGAUCAUCCACUCACAACAAGGACUUUUAACUACAGUGGCUUACAAAUUAGGACCAGAUGCACCACCAGUGUAUGCAUUAGAAGGAUCAGUUGCCAUUGCAGGUGACACAUUACAGUGGCUACGAGAUGGAUUGGAGCUUAUAACGGAUAUUCAAGAUACAGAGGCGUUAGCAUCUGAGGUAAAUGAUGAUGACGAAGGAAGCAUUUGUUUUGUACCUGCAUUUAAUGGUUUAUACUCCCCUUAUUGGAGGAAAGAUGCUCGAGGCAUAAUAUGUGGAAUUAGUGAGAAGACGCGCCGAGAGCACAUAGUCAGAGCAGCUUUAGAAUCAGUGUGCCAUCAAACACGAAGUGUGGCCACAGCUAUGGCGACCGAUUGUGCUCCAUUAGGGCGACUACUUGCCGACGGUGGUAUGGCGCAGAAUACACUUCUUAUGCAAAUGCAAGCAGAUAUUCUUGGAAUUCCUGUGAUUCGACCUCUUAUGAUGGAAAGCACAGCUCUUGGGGCUGCGAUUGUAGCUGGUCGAGCAUUGCGAGUGUGGCCAACUUCUACUCCAUGUCCACCAGCCGAUACAUUCAUACCAACUAUUAGUUCUGAAGAACGCGACAUUAAACGGGUCCGAUGGGAAAAAGCUCUCAAAAGAUGCUUAGCGUGGACUACCGAUGGUAACGAAGAGAAAAACGAGUUAUGUCCUGAUGAAACAGACCGCACUACUGCUGUUAUACCUCCUGGUUUGUUUUUCCUCGGAACAGCUCUUUUAGUGAUUAUAGCAGAUAAAUUAAAAACUAUCUAA